AUGGCGGCAAAUCGUCCAGAUGAGGUCGAUUUAAAUUUUGAAGAAAACAUUGUUAUUGGCAGGUCCAACAGACAAGAUGCUAAAUUUGAUACAAUUAUUGGUCAUUUAGAAGAUAUUAUUAUGGACGAGGAUGAAUUUCAACAAAUGGAAAGUGAUUUCAUGGAAAAGUACUAUAUGGAGUUUGAGAAUACCGAAGAGAAUAAGCUUAUCUAUACUGAUAUCUUUAAUGAAUAUGUUAGUACUAUUGAAAAAUACACAGAAGAAUCAUUACGAGCACGGAUGCCUAAUUUUUCAAUGAAAGAAUUUAUGAAGAUGUUACACACACCUAGUUUUACAUCUGUUUGUUGUCAUGGCGCUUUCAAUACUGCUUCAUUCGGAUAUUCUCGAUUAGAUGUAGUAAUACGUGCUAUAGUCUGCUUUUAA